AUGAUGUUGGAUUUGCUACCGUUCUAUGCCAGGCUGGUGGCCACGUUGCAUCCUUGUAUGUCUGAUGUAGCAGAGGAUCUUUGCUCCAUGCUGAGAGGGGACUUCAGGUUUCAUGUGAGAAAAAAGGACCAGAUCAAUAUUGAAACAAAGAAUAAAACUGUGAGAUUUAUUGGUGAGCUUACCAAAUUCAAGAUGUUCUCAAAAAAUGAUACUCUCCACUGUUUAAAGAUGCUUCUGUCAGACUUUUCUCAUCACCACAUUGAAAUGGCCUGUACUCUGCUGGAAACCUGUGGAAGAUUUCUGUUCAGAUCACCAGAAUCCCACUUAAGGACCAGUGUUCUUUUGGAACAAAUGAUGAGAAAAAAACAAGCCAUGCAUCUUGAUGCACGCUACGUUACGAUGGUGGAAAAUGCCUACUACUACUGUAACCCUCCUCCAGCUGAGAAAACUGUGAAGAAGAAGCGUCCUCCCCUGCAGGAGUAUAUUCGUAAGCUGCUUUACAAGGACCUCUCCAAGGUCACCACAGAGAAGGUUCUGAGACAGAUGCGCAAGCUGCCUUGGCAGGAUGCAGAAGUGAAAGACUAUGUCAUAUGCUGUAUGAUUAACAUCUGGAAUGUGAAAUACAAUAGUAUUCACUGUGUAGCCAACCUCUUAGCUGGGUUGGUCCUUUACCAGGAAGAUGUUGGGAUCCAUGUUGUGGAUGGAGUGCUGGAGGAUAUUCGCCUAGGAAUGGAGGUUAACCAGCCAAAGUUUAACCAACGGCGCAUCAGCAGUGCCAAGUUUUUGGGAGAGCUUUACAACUACCGAAUGGUAGAGUCGGCUGUAAUAUUUCGAACUCUGUAUUCGUUCACAUCCUUCGGAGUGAACCCUGACGGCAGCCCUAGUCCCCUGGAUCCUCCGGAGCAUCUGUUCAGGAUUAGACUAGUCUGCACCAUCCUGGAUACCUGUGGACAGUAUUUUGACAGAGGAUCCAGCAAACGAAAACUUGAUUGCUUCCUAGUAUACUUUCAGCGCUAUGUUUGGUGGAAAAAGAGUUUGGAUGUUUGGACAAAAGACCAUCCAUUUCCUAUAGACAUUGACUAUAUGAUCAGUGAUACCCUGGAACUGCUGAGACCAAAGAUAAAGCUCUGCAAUUCUCUGGAAGAAGCUAUAAGACAGGUGCAAGACUUGGAACGAGAAUUCCUAAUAAAAUUAGGACUUGUGAAUGACAAAGAUUCCAAAGAUUCCAUUACAGAAGGAGAGAAUAUAGAAGAGGAUGAAGAGGAAGAAGAAGGUGGAGCAGAGACAGAGGAACAAUCUGGAAAUGAAAGUGAAGUAAACGAACCAGAGGAAGAGGAGGGCUCUGACAAUGAGGAAGAAGAGGGUGAAGAGGAGGAGGAAGAAAAUACUGAUUAUCUUACGGACUCCAAUAAGGAAAAUGAAACAGAUGAGGAGAAUACAGAAGUAAUGAUUAAAGGAGGAGGACUCAAGCAUGUCCCCUGUGCAGAAGAUGAGGACUUCAUUCAGGCCUUAGAUAAAAUGAUGCUGGAAAAUCUUCAGCAACGGAGUGGAGAAUCUGUUAAAGUACAUCAGCUGGACGUUGCCAUUCCUCUGCAUCUCAAAAGUCAGCUAAAGAAGGGGCCCCCACUUGGAGGUGGGGAAGGAGAAUCGGAGUCUGGAGACACGAUGCCAUUUGUCAUGCUAACACGGAAAGGCAACAAGCAGCAGUUUAAGAUCCUAAACGUACCAAUGUCUUCCCAACUUGCUGCGAACCACUGGAACCAACAACAAGCUGAACAGGAGGAAAGAAUGAGGAUGAAAAAGCUCACUUUGGAUAUCAAUGAACGGCAAGAACAAGAGGACUACCAAGAGAUGUUGCAGUCCCUGGCACAGCGUCCAGCUCCUGCGAACACUAAUCGUGAGCGACGGCCUCGUUACCAGCAUCCGAAGGGAGCACCUAAUGCAGAUCUAAUCUUUAAAACUGGUGGGAGGUAGGACAAUCUUCCUUUAAAU